AAUGAUUAUAAAAAAUUGGCAGAUCUGUGAUAAACGUAUUAACUAUUAAAUACUGUAUUAUCGUUAAUUUAUUCAACGAACUGAACGAUUCUUUUUGUAGGAAAUCGGAAUAACCAAUUUAAAUUUUCCUUUUUUACUUUACGUCUAUACUUAUUUUUUAUAUAUAUCGCUAAAUAAACCAUAAUUAUGACGACGCCUUCAUCCACAACCAGCCAAAAACACAAAGCGUUUUCUGGGGAGCCUAUGAGAGACAAACCAGUUGAAGAUCUAGCUGGUAUUGGAGCUGUACUAGCAACCAGACUGAAAGAACAAGGAUUCAACAAAGCUUACAAUGUAUUAGGUCAAUUUCUUCUUUUGGAGAUGGAUCAAGAGUUAUUCUGUGACUGGUUAAAAGAUACCAUAAAAGCCAACUCAAAACAAUCAAAAGAUUGUCAUGCUUGCUUAAAAGCGUGGUGUGAUGAAUUUUUGUAGAUGAAUUUUGUAAAAAUAAUUCUAAAUUCUUAUCUUAUGUUAUGUUUAAUGAAGAUUGUAUGUAUUCAUUUUUAAAUAUAAGUAAAAUAUUCCAUAUACUAAACUAUAUGCAUAAAGAUUAUAAUAAACUUCUUAUUCUGUAAUUCAUUAGAAAAUAAUAAAAUGGAUACAUUAUUGUUUAUCAAUCACUUUAUUUAGAAUAAUAUAUAUUUUUAUAAUUUCAUAUUGACAAAGAAUAAAUCUAACCUAUGGUCAUAAAA